ACAUUAUAUUCUAUCUGUUCCACUUUAAGAUUAAAUACAUACCCUCUUCUUGUACAUGUGUGUAUAUAUAACACCUCGAAUCAUUUUCAUCAAUAACAAAUCUUCCUCUCAAAUCAUAGUGAAACAGAUCCCCCACCAGUACAAGUUUUUUGAGAGAAAAAUGGCCAAUGUUGAACACAAUGGUAACACUUGGCAGAGCACCCUCUGUCUUUUGUUUCUAACCACAACCUUUCUUAUUGCCAACUCUGCAAGGAUCCUAGAUGAAGUAGAACCCCAACCCCAAGCCAUAGGUAACUUAGCAGCAUCUGGAACUGUCAAUCCUUCCUUCAUAACAGGUCCAGUCACCACUUCACCACAGGCAGGUCCUGCCACCACUUUGCCGAUUAACCAAACACCUGCAGCCACAACCACACCACUGGUAGGACCUGCCACCACUUUGCCAAGUGGCCAAACACCUGCAGCCACCACCAUCAGUCCUGUUGCUACGGAAGAUUCCGGAGAUGAAGAUGACAAUGCAGACCCCCCAGUUCCGGAAACAGAAGCUCCAGCAGAGGACAUUCCUCCAGUGGCAAUUCCUACUCCAGAAGUGGUGCCAGCUAUCCCUAAUGCAACACCUGUGACACCAAAUCCUGUGGCAAAAGAGGCAUCGUUCUCUUUCUUCAUGCAUGACAUCCUUGGGGGGUCACAUCCAUCAGCAAGAGUGGUGGCAGGAAUUGUAGCAAACACUGAUGUCACUGGCCUACCAUUCUCCAAACUCAACAACAACCUCUUCCCAAUCACUGGAGGAAUCCCCUUGGUCAACCCCAAGCUCAAUGGCAUCAUCACCAAUAACAACCUUCCAAACCUUGUUGGCCUCAGUGGUGCACAAUCCUCCACUGUGUUUAAGAACAGUGGCACCAGCAACACAGUCACUGGAAGCGGCAACCAGCCAUUUGUCUCGGCAGGUAACCUCCCUGCAGGGUUCACCAUUCAGAAGCUCAUGUUCGGAUCGGUGACAGUGAUUGAUGAUCAGUUAACAGAAGGGCAUGAGCUAGAUUCUGCUGUGAUUGGAAGGGCACAAGGAUUCUACUUGGCAAGUUCAUUGGAUGGCACUAGCCAGACCAUUUUGCUGACCAUUUUGGUGCAUGGUGGCGAACACGAUCAACAUCACGAAGGAUUAGAGGAUAGUAUAAGUCUCUUCGGGAUUCAUAGGACAGCUUCAACAGAAUCUGAGAUAGCAGUGAUUAGUGGAACUGGGAAAUAUGAGAAUGCAAAAGGUUAUGCUUCACUUGAGACCCUUCUGAAGGAAGACCAGCACACCACCGAUGGGGUGGACACCAUCUUGCAUUUCAAUGUCUAUCUCACUGAGUAGAAAUUAUCUGCAAUUGAAUUGCUUUCAUAUUUGCAGUUAAGUUUGACUUUGUGUAUGCUUUGAUCAAAUUGGUAAUGUCUCCCUUAAUGCUUGCUUAAGUUUGAAAUAUAACUCAUUCUGCUCCCUUUUUUUCUUAUA